UGUUAGACUGUACGAUUCAGAAAAAGAAAAAAAACAGAAACAAAGGAAAAGUUUCGCCUCCGUGAACUGUAAACCCCGGGGGCUCUCCCACUCCGUCGGUCAUCGUCUUAGCUCCGCCGCCGCCUCCGUUUUCGAUGCGGAGAAAACUGGGUAAUUUUUUUCAAUUGAUAAUUCAUUCCUCAGGUGCUUUCUAAGGAGUUGAUAGAAUGGCGUUGAGGCGUCUCCUUGGCUGGUCGGAUGGUGAGUUAAUGAGAUCAGAUGCAAAGCCUUGUUCCAGAUUAAUGAGGCAGACGGCUGGGAUUUUCACUGUUGGGGGAGCUUUGGGAUUUUGGGUUCUCUGCAGAUUGCAUUAUGGUCCAAGGAUUACAGUUCCAAGAAGUCUACGGUGGGCAGCAUGUGGAGCUGUGUCUGUGAGCGCAACAUCUGCUUUAUUGGUCCGUCUAUUCAGUCCUGAAUGUGAACCCCAAAACAUAGCUGCUUAUGACAAGGGAAAGUAGCACUGGGUUCCUCGUGCUUGUCAAAAUUCAUUGCUGGUUUCCAUUGAUUGACCAGUUUGGUGACACUGUCUUCUGUUUAGUAUGGCCCUGGGAUCUUUGGCAAUGCCUGUUGUUUUAUCAAUUUUCCAGUAUGACAUGGAGUAACUGUUGCUGUAGGAUAUAGACAUGUGUAAACUUAUUUGGUUACAACCACCCUUCUUUUUUGGUUUUUUGGAAUUUAGCAAGUUUGUGAUUGUAAAUACUCUCAUGAAAACAAUCGCUCGCGUUAGAUAAAGGAAGCUGAUGUUUAUCCUAA